CAUUCUUUGAUUAUUCCUUCAACUUUGAACCCAAUGGCUCUCUCCUUGCAACGUUUCACUUGGGCAUAUAACGACAGUUUUUUCACCCAAUUGUUGAAACGAAGAAUUAGAAAUGAAAAAGAGAGGUCAAUGUUAAUUGCAAUCAACAAGUUGGAUCAUUUGCCUGAAAAUCUGAUUAUUGAGAUUCUGUCAUGGCUGUCAGUGAAAGAUCUGUUACAAUACAAGAGUGUUUGCAAAUCAUGGUAUGCUAUAAUUUCAAGUCCUAAUUUCAUAUCAGAACAUCUGAAAAACUACUAUAACAACAAUGAUGAUUGGCGGGGUUGUAUCCUUGUUCAACAUUAUGUUACCCAUGCUGAACUUCAAUUGUACGAGUUGUUAGUAAACGAAACUCCUCGAGUUUUAGCUGAUGAAGUGUUGUAUAGUUCAUAUGGAAACACCUAG